AUGAGCGGCGAGAAGUCGCUGGAACGCGAUGCGGCUGCGUUUCGGAGACUGGCAUUCAUCGGCGUCUCCGUCUCGACCGUCGCCACUUUGAUCUGUGUCCUCUCGGUGCCACUUUGCUACAAUUACUUGCAACAUGUGCAAUCAGUGAUGCAAGCUGAGGUUGACUUUUGUCGGCAGAGAUCCUCAAAUAUUUGGAAAGAAGUCACCAGAACACAGGUUCUUGCUCAAGUCUCAGGUCAACGAGGAAAGCGGCAAGCUGGUUACGAUGCUCAAUCGCUAGGUGUUGAGGGACAAUUCCCGAUUCAAGGAGCAUGUUGUGGUUGUGGAGUGUCACCGACGGGACCCGCAGGCUUGCCAGGGCCUGAUGGCAGAGAUGGAGAGGAUGGACCACCUGGAUUCCCGGGAAAAGACGGCCCACCCGGCGUUGAGGCACCCCCACCACCAAAUUUGGACUGGUGCUACGAGUGUCCUGAUGCUCCAGCUGGCCCACCCGGUCGCCCAGGACCUAAAGGAUUUGCUGGAGGUCCAGGACUUCCCGGAAAACCUGGAGAGGCUUCAGUUCGAGGUCCACCUGGAGGAGUGGGAGCAAUGGGACCGCCAGGACAGCCUGGAGUUCCUGGAGCUAAAGGAGCGCCCGGCACUCCGGGAAUCCUCAGCGUUGUGCCUGGACCUGAUGGUCCGCCAGGAAUCCCAGGCGGACCUGGAUUGCCUGGUCCUGAUGGAUUCCCUGGCCAGCCUGGGAAACCGGGAUUGGACGGGAGUCCGGGAGAAAGCGGAGGCUCGGGAGCACCAGGAAUUCCUGGGAAACCGGGAAUCCCUGGAGGUCGAGGGCCCGAUGGAAUGGCUGGACCUGCAGGUGGCUGCAGUCAUUGCCCACCACCAAGAACUGCACCUGGAUAC